UCCAUAGUCAAUUCACUCUCAAAACCAUUUGAAACACAUUUCACUUCUACUUCUACUCCUCUUCACAAUCUCACAAGAAUCACACCAAUUGCCUGUCAUAUUAGUCUCUUAUUCAAAAAAUGGAGAACUUGUUCCGACUUGUUGAUCACGAGGACUUCUUCUCGCGCCGUUGCAUCUGGGUCAAUGGCCCAGUCAUAGUCGGCGCGGGGCCUUCUGGGCUUGCCACUGCUGCCUGCCUUAGGGAGCAGGGCGUGCCGUUUGUCGUGCUUGAGCGGGCUGACUGCAUCGCGUCGCUCUGGCAGAAGCGGACCUACAACCGCCUCAAGCUUCACCUCCCCAAGCAGUUCUGCCAGCUUCCCAAGCUGCCGUUCCCCGAGGACUUCCCGGAGUACCCUACCAAGAUGCAGUUCAUCGACUACCUUGAGUCGUAUGCCCGGCACUUCGAGAUCAACCCCCAGUUCAACGAGUGCGUCCAGUCUGCUCGGUACGAUGAGACCAGCGGCCUCUGGAGGGUCAGGACUGCCCCUACGGCUGCUGCCUCCGGCCAGGCCCGCCCUGCUGAGGUUGAGUACAUCUGCAGGUGGCUUGUGGUGGCCACUGGCGAGAAUGCUGAGUGUGUGAUGCCGGAAAUCGAUGGGCUAGGGGAGUUUGGCGGCGAGAUCAUGCAUGCCUGCGAGUACAAGUCUGGCGAGAAGUUUGCCGGGAAGAAGGUCCUGGUUGUAGGCAGCGGCAACUCCGGCAUGGAAGUCUCACUCGACCUGUGCAAUUACAGUGCAUCCCCUUCCAUGGUGGUCCGUAGCUCGGUUCACGUGCUCCCUAGGGAAAUUUUGGGAAAAUCGACGUUUGAGCUCGCAGUUUUCCUAAUGAAGUGGCUCCCGAUUUGGUUUGUGGACAAGCUGCUUCUGAUCCUAGCAUGGCUGGUUCUAGGAAACAUCGAGAAGUUAGGGCUGAAGAGGCCAUCGGUGGGCCCGCUCGAGCUCAAGAACACAAAGGGCAAGACCCCAGUCCUGGACAUUGGUGCCCUGGCGAAGAUCAGAUCCGGAGACAUUAAGGUUGUCCCUGGAAUCAAGAGGUUCUCCAAGUCCCAGGUCGAGCUCGUGAAUGGCGAGACCCUCAAUGUCGAUUCCGUCAUUCUCGCCACCGGAUACCGCAGCAACGUCCCCUCUUGGCUUCAGGAGAACGAGUUCUUCUCGAAGAAUGGGUUCCCGAGGUCGCCAUUCCCGAACGGGUGGAAGGGAAACUCGGGGCUGUACGCGGUCGGGUUCACGAGGAGAGGGCUCUCGGGUGCAUCCUCUGAUGCCAUGAGGAUUGCUCAGGACAUUGGGAAGGUCUGGAAAGAUGAGACCAGGCAGAGGAACAAGGGGACCUCUGCUUGUCACAGAAGAUGCAUCUCUCAGUUCUAAAUCCCCAAAAAAAAGAAAAAAAAAAGGGACAGAAAAUGGGAAUUUCAAUCAGCAUUUUGAUAUAUAUUUGGGUGUAAAUUAUGUGGAAAAAGGGGUAAAAAUCAGGUUUAAAUAUUCUGAAAAUAGGCAGCAGCAGCACACAAGGAUGAGCCCUCUCCUAAAGGCCCAAGUUUUGGACUGAAUUGGGCAGUUUUCACCUGAGGAUGAUGAGGCUUUUCUUUUUUUUCUUUCAUAACAAUUUUUUUUUAAUAUAUAUUUUUCAUAUACUGUUGUACAAUGACUUUACCUUGUCAAAAAAGAGAAAUGAAAUGACCCCGUUCU